AACCCAAAAAUACACAAGAAAGAGAGAAGAAACAUAUCCAAAAAAAUCUAAAGAUACAUGGAAAUGCAUGCAUUAGCAGUUCAUAAUUUGGAGAAUGUUCGUCGAUCUGUCACAUAUCACCCAACCAUUUGGGGAGACAAGUUUCUAUCAUACGGUCCUAAUACUCAUGUGGAGAGUUCAAGCGGCAACGAAGAGGAGGAGCUUCAGAAACUGAAGGAGGAAGUGAAGAAACUAUUGGCUGCAACACCAAACGAUACACUGCAGAAACUAGAGCUCAUUGAUGCACUACAACGCCUGGGAGUGGCCUACCAUUUCGAGAAAGACAUUGAUGAAUCCUUAAAGAUUGUCUAUGAGAGUUACAUACAAGGCUACAACAAUGAUGUUUAUGCCAUUUCUCUUUGCUUCCGCUUACUCCGCCAACAAGGACACAAGAUCUCAUCCGAUGUGUUGGAAGUAUUCAUGAACGAGGAAGGGAAAUUUAAUGACUCACUGGCAGACAAUGUACAAGGGAUCCUGAGCUUGUAUGAAGCAGCGCAAUAUGGAAUACAUGGAGAGGAAAUCCUCGACCUAGCACAAGACUUUGCAUCAUCUCAUCUUGAGUCCAUAGUCUCCAAGAUUGGCAAUAGUCCUCUUGCUGCGCGAGUCAAAGAAGCCAUAGAAACCCCAAUCCACAAGAGUUUGAAUCGACUGCACACCAUGAAGUUCAUUCGAAUGUAUCAACAAGAUGAAUGUCGUAAUGAGUUGCUUCUAGCCUUUGCAAAGUUGGACUUCAAUCUUCUCCAGAAGAUGCACCAGAAAGAGAUAAGUGAUCUUACAAGGUGGUGGAAAGCUUUAGACUUUAAAAAUAAAUUACCAUUUGCAAGAGAUAGGAUGGUAGAGUGCUAUUUUUGGAUUUUGGGACUGUAUUUUGAGCCCCAAUUUCAGGUUGGGAGGAUUAUAUUGUCCAAAGUGAUUAUGUUGGCUUCUACCAUCGAUGAUAUUUAUGAUGUCCAUGGAACAUUGGAUGAACUCCAAGAGUUCACUGAAGCAAUCACAAGGUGGGAUACAACUGCAAUGGAGAAACUACCUCCCUACAUGAAAACAUGUUAUCAAGCACUUUUAAAUGUCUACCAAGAGAUCGAAGAAUUGGUAAGUGUAGAAGAUAGUGCAACAUUUACAAACUAUGCAAAAGAAGAGAUCAAAAAAUUGGUGCAAGCAUACUUUAAAGAGGCUGAAAGAUUGUUCAAGGGUGUAAUUCCAACACUAGAAGAAUACAUGAAGGUUGGAGUUCCAUCUGCGGGCUAUAUGAUGGUGGCUGUAACAUCCUUACUUGGCAUGGGAGGUUUAGUUUCGAAAGAAGACAUCCAUUGGGUUUCAAGCGAAGCAUUGAUAGUUCGUGCAACGUCGCUAAUUGCUAGAUUGAUGGAUGAUAUGGCUGGCUAUGAGUUUGAAACGAAACUAUCAGCAGUAGAAUGCUACAUGAAUGAGAAAGGCGCCACAGAAGAGGAAGCAUUUGAUGAACUUAAGAAACAAGUUAAGGCAGCUUGGAAGGACAUAAAUCAAGAAUGUCUUUAUCCGACACCGACUUUCUUGCCGAUACUUACACCCAUAGCUAACUCAGCACGUGUCAUUCAUCUUAUCUACAAGGAUGGGGAUGGAUACACCAAUUCCAAAAUUAAGACCAAGGAGGCUAUAGAAUCUGUGCUACUUCAACCAGUAGUUACCUAAUUUAAUAACAUAUUUUAGUAAAUGAUAAGCUGUUUUUUAUUUCCAUAAUUGUAAUGGGUUAUUUUAUUAUUUUAGUUCUGUAUUGAAAUCUGUUGCAAACUAGUUUCAUAAAUAAAAAAUGUUUGUAGUUUUAUUCA